AUGGCAUGCAUGGAAAUGCAAAACUCCAUAAAUGGUGCAGCUAGGAUCUCUUUCUCUAACGAAUUCGUCGAAACCAGAUCCGAGAAGAAUAAAGUUAAGAGCAACAACGUCAACACUACUAGAACUUCUUUCUCCAAAACCUCUGAUGAUUUCGAGUUCUCUGUCACCGAUUACGCCAUGAUUCCCGCAGAUGAGAUCUUCCUCAAAGGAAAGGUCUUACCAUUCAAGGAGACCGGUCACGUUCAUAGGACCUUAAGACAAGAGCUUCUUGUCGAUGAAGAGAGUCCUGUCGAUGGCAACAUAUUUUCCCUAAGGCCACUAUUUUUGCCUUCUUCGUCCUUUUCCACAAAGGGUACGUGGAAGGAGCGAUUGGGCCUCAAGAGAGCCCAUAUCAGAUCUAAUAAGACCGAUAAAAUUGAUGAGGAAGAGAUACGUCCAUCGAGUCAAGAUCACAAAACAAUCUCAGGUACACCAACACGCUUUUUUUCUUCAAUUGGUAUGUGA